AUGAACAUCCUCAAGAUCUUCCUCUGCCUCCUCGGCACCGCCGGCGCCACCACCCACGUCGGCGGCAAUGACAGGUUCGAGUGCUACGUCCGCGGCCCGAUCUUCUCAGACAUGAAGGCGCAGGGCGGGGGCAACGGCAACAUCGACGAGGCCAUCGCGGACUUUUGCCACAGGAGGCUGCCCGAGCAGUGGGGGCUCGGGCCCGGCCAGAGGAUCCGCCACUGCUUCCCGUUCCCGCAGGACAACACGGGCAACAAGCUCGAGAUCGAGAUCAAGAACACCGGCAAGGCCAGGGCCGAGGUGGACGUGGGGGACUGCGAGCACGCGCUCCGGUGGCUGCGCGACCACUGCUGGUGGGGCGGCCACGGCGAGCACCGGGGCUUCGAGUACGAUAUCGACCCUAACUUUGAGCGGUGCUGA